AUUAACGGCUGUGUCAGCGAUUAAUCAUCGAGCAAUUGUUAUUGUUAUUGCUAAAGAUUUAUCAAGCGCAAAGAAAAAUAAACAAUGGGCGGCCCGGAAUUACCGACAGAUCCAGGAGAUGAACAACAGUUUGUGGCACCUGCCAUAGAGCAUCCACAUGUGGGAGAAGCGAGCGAAGACAGCGAUGGCUCCGAUGCCUACGAUGGCUAUCAGCCGCUGGCCACGGAUCUGGAAGAUGCGGGCGCAGCACCAGAAACACUUGCGGACGACGCAGAAGACGUUGCUGAUGAGGAUAUUGAUCUAAUGACAGCAGAGGUGACACACGGCGAUCCCAAUAUGCCGCCCAUUGAAAGUGCGGAUGCGGAAAUUGAACGUCAGGUGUGGAACGAGCCAAGACCACAGGAACUGCAGCUGGAGCUAGACAAGACACGCACGGAGCAGAUACUGAAGGCCAUGUCGAAGAUAACGCUGCCCAACAUCACAGUUCCCGAUUGGGCCAAAGGCGUGCCCGAGGAACGGUGGAAGCACGAGCUGCUGGAGCGCAUACAAACGCGCCAGCAGACGACAGCACCAGAGGCAACCACAAGCGAAUCGAAUAAGGCAAACACAAGCCAAUAGACUAAGCAAUGAUAUAUUUAUUUUUAAGAUCCACAACGCGGUGCACUCCACAAAAAAUACUUUCCCAAAUAAACGUGUAUGUUGUAAAGUUUAAA